AUGAUCUUUUCAUCCCCCAAUUCUAAACCAUUUGAUCAUGAUGGAGAUAUGUAUUCUGCUUCGUCUUCUGUGGAUUGCACCCUUUCUUUGAGCACUCCUUCGACUCGACUGACCAAUGAGAAUGAAAAAAAACGAUACUCUUGCAUGUCUAACUUUGGGUGGAACAUAUUGCAGUCCAAACCGCCGUCAACCGCUGGCAAAAACCGUGGUGGAAGUAAUAGCAACACCAGUUCCGGCGUUGGAGACCCUCUUUUAGCCCGCCGCUGUGCUAAUUGUGACACCACUUCUACUCCCCUCUGGAGGAACGGUCCAAGGGGCCCAAAGUCUCUAUGCAAUGCUUGUGGGAUCCGUUUCAAGAAGGAAGAGCGAAGGGCCACGGCCGCCUCCACCACUGCAGUUGCCAAUAACGGUGGCGUCAAUGCUGUCAAUAACAGCUCAUGGGUUCAUCACCAUUCACAGCACCAGAAAAUGCCAUGUUUUUCUUCAUCAAAUUAUGCUAAUGAAUUCAGGGUCAAUGAAGAAAAUGAUGUUCAUGAAUCUGAUAAUGGCAUUCCAUUCCUCACUUGGCGAUUCAAUGUCACAGACAGGCCAAAUUUUGUUCAUGAUUUCACUAGAUAA